AUGAGUGGAGGUUCCUCCCUUGGCUGGAGACCCCGCCAAAGGUCACUCCUGGAGGCUGAGAGCAGAGAUUUCCCCACAAAUGUUGGUCUGGAACGUCCUUACACAUGUGGGAAAUGUGGGAAGAGCUUCACUGACAGCUCUGCCCUGAGUAGGCACCAGAAGAUCCACACUGAGAAACGGCCCUACAAGUGCUUGGAAUGUGGGAAGUGCUUCAGACAGAGCUCCAACCUCCUUGCCCAUCAGCACAUCCACACUGGAGAACGUCCCUACACAUGUGGGAAAUGUGGGAAGAGCUUCAGUGACAACUCCACCCUGAGCAGACACCAGAAGAUCCACACUGAGAAACGACCCUACAAGUGCUUGGAAUGUGGGAAGAGCUUCAGUGAGAGGUCAACCCUGAGACGACACCAGCAUAUCCACACUGGAGAGCGGCCCUACAAGUGUGGGAAAUGUGGGAAGAGCUUCAGCCGCAGCUCCCACCUGAUCAUCCACCAGAUCAUCCACACUGGGGAGCGACCCUUCAAGUGCUUGGAAUGUGGGAAAAGCUUCAGUGACAGCUCCUACCUCCUCACCCACCAGAAGAUCCACACUGGGGAACGGCCCUACAAGUGUGAGGAAUGUGGGAAGAGCUUCAUAAAGAGCUCCAAUCUCCUCAGCCACCAGCGCAUCCACACUGGGGAACAGCCCUACAUGUGUGGGGAAUGUGGGAAGAGCUUCAGACAGAGAUCUCACCUGAUCCACCACCAGCAGAUCCAUACUGGGGAACGGCCCUAUCCGUGUGAAUGUGGGAAGAGCUUCAGCCGCCUUUCCAGCCUCCUCACCCACCAGCGGGUGCACAGCGGAGAGCGACCCUACACGUGCUUGGAAUGCAGGAAGAGUUUUAGCGACAGCUCCACCCUCAUCCGCCACCAGAAGAUCCACACUGGGGAACGGCCCUACAAGUGUGGGGAAUGUGGGAAGAGGUUUCAGACCAGCUCGAAUCUCCUCAAACAUCAGCGGACGCACACAGGGGAGAGGCCCUUCCGCUGCACCGACUGCGGGAAGAGCUUCAGCCAGAGCUCCCACCUCAUCAGGCACCGGCGCAUCCACAGCGGGGAGAGGCCCUACAAGUGUGACGAGUGUGAAAAGAGCUUCUCCCACAGCUCUACCUUGACCAAACACCAACGGACCCACCAGUAAGAGAAGCCCUGCAAGUGCCCUCAUUGCAGGAAGAGCUUCGUCCGCUGCUCCAAUUCCAUCAACCAUCAAAGGACCCACAUUGGGCACAAACCUGGUGACCCACAUUCCAGGUGAUCCAUGCUGGGCAGUGUAUUGGGUUUGCCAGGUUUUGGUAGCAGGGGGACUCCAGGGCUGGGUUCUGUGAGGAGCUGCCAGAAACUUCCCCAUGUCCAACGCCUGUCGCGACCCCCACUGAGGAAGAGGGUGACCCAGGUUCUUGUUAAUUGACCCCUUGGGG